AUGACCGCAGCUUUUAGCUGCCAAAGCGGCUGGCCGCCGAUAACCGGUACUCAUGGCCGCUUGAGCCGUCGACAAUCGCUACUUGUGACGGGUGAACCGCCGACAGCCGAUGCUAAUGGCCGCUUGGGCCGCCAACAACCGGCACUCAUGACCGCCUCGGCCGCCGACGACCGCGCGGUCAGCGGUUUUUUUUGUGUGCUUGGGCAUCGAAUAAAAUAA